AGGUUGCUUCUUCAGGGGAAAAGAAACACGUAGAUCCUUGCAGGAGCAUUUUUUCAGCGAAGAGAAGUGAUUCGAAUUUUUAGGGCUACCCUGCCGAAAGAAAGGAAAAACGAACCUGUUCCAGAAACAAAUUGCGUCUCGUAUUGCGUAAAGAAUAGUGGUAGAGGCGAAGUAGUUCCUCUUUUUUUACUUUUUCUUUUUUCAGGAAAAACAUUUUUCAGACCGCCAAGCGGAAGCAAGCGGAAACACACCCAAAUCAAACCUGCGAGGAUAUCGAAAAUGGUGCAAUCAGGAGGGGAGGCCGCUCUCAUUGGCCCUAGUGAGGACACUGCUGGUGCGACGAGCUACUGCACCAAUACCAUUUGCGAGCUUCAGGGUCUGAAGGCGGCAAAUGCGUUGAAUGGAACACUAGUCAUUAUUCGCUGCUUCGACUCCGAUGCAGGGCGUUACGUGUGCGAUCGUCUGUAUUCCGCCGCAGGACCCCGCGCUACCGCGCUCAAGGUCAAGGAAGCGAACCUGUCUUCUCUGGGUCCGGUGCAGUUCACGCUCGAGGAAGUUCAGAAGUGGGUGGACAAUUGCCCGCCGAACAUGGCACUGUCGCUACCCAAAGGUGACUUCACGGUGGAUGGCUCUCCCCCUGCUGCGUCCGGGAAGGAUUCGGAUGACGAGGCGUCUGACGCUGGAGAAAGUGGCGGAGGUGGUCAGGGAGAUCUGCAUGAGCAGCCGGUCUGUGUUGACGGGGAGAGUUGCUUGGUCGUGACACACGCCAUCACUCUGCGCGGAAUUUCCCAAGAAGAAACCAAGCUACAUUUUUCCAAGUUUCGCUUUUUGGGCGAGACGGAGGGCGUUGGACGCCUCACAAUUGCAGAUAUCCGCCUUUUGGGAAGUGUGGAGAUCCUGGGGUCGGAAUUGAAACAGUGCACCCUGCAAAACGUCACGAUUAACUGUUCGGCAAACCAAGGCGAGUGCGUUCCGGACGCGCUGCAUCUCAACAAAACGUCCCAGGAAGAGUACCGUCGCCAAGGCUGCUCCCCCUACUUGUGCACUGUGCUGCUACAUGAGUGCACCAUUCGGGGAGGUACCGAUGGAGUGCAGGUAGACUGCCCGGCUUGCACGUUUCACAAGUGCAUGAUUACCGAGGUCCGACGCUAUGGCAUGUCGGUAUCGGAGGAAAAAGACAUUCCGGAAGUCAUUGCCAAGGAUUGCAUCAUUGACUCUUGCGGGGAGUGGGGUGUCGAAGCUUGGGUAGGUGCCCCUACUCCAGGCCAGUCGAAGCUGACCCGUUUUGGACGGAAUCACAUCCAGCCCGGGCCUCGGGAUACGCAGCCGUACUUCGGUUUCUACGAGCUCGAGCCAGACAAUGAUGCUUGGUGGGUCCAACACUGUGAGAACAAAGUGAAAUAUUCCAAGCCGUGAAGAUCAUAGGGAUCUACAGAAAAUGAUGAGUUCCCGUGCAAGGUUGACAAGCAGUAUCGAAUCGAAGUCGUCAAUUGCAGCAAGGUCGACGAGGAACCGUACUAUAACUCCUCUCUGUAUUAUCCGCGAAAGCUACACUUCGAGGCAGAAACAGACAGUGGCAUUGUCUCCAAAUAUAACUGGUUGGUCCCUCAUCCAAGCACAAGAGCAAUAAAUUUCAAUACGAAAUCAAAAACGAUAGCGAACUCAGCGUGGUCACCAUCCAAUAAUAUAGUACACUGAAACAUACUAGCGGACGCUUGGCCGUCCACCCUGAGACAUGGGUUGCAGGCCGCUAAUAA